AUGUCUAAUUCAUAGAGUGUAUAAAAUAGCUUUGAAGAAUUUGAAGAAGCUGACUAUUUCGAUAUUGAACAUUAUUAAUACAUUUCUUAAUUGAUUAAAAUGGAAGAAGAUUUUGAAAAAGAAUAAUUGGUAUUUUAUUAAUUUAAUAAUUUUUAGUUCAUAAAUAGAUUAGAAUUAAAAUUAAAGUUAAUCAUUCCUUUUUUAUUAGAAUUUAUAUUAAAUAAAGAUAAUUUAAGAUAAUGCAUAUCAAAUCUAUCAAAAAUAAUAAAAAAUAAGUAGUUAAAUGAUUAAUACGUCAAAGUCAUUAGCAAUAUUAAAACAUAAUAUCACCGUUUAACUUUGAAAUAAAGUAAGGAAGAAGUAGCCUAAAUUCUUUUGUGGUUAUUAUUUGAAAUAGAGAAUACUUGA